AUGCGGUCCCGGCGGAUCCCCGCCGACUUAUUGUCCAAGGUGUACGAGUUGCUCAAGCGCCUCCUGGAAACGGGCCUGAUCGAAUAUUCCAACUCGGAAUGGGCGUCGGCCAUCGUUCCUGGGGAUUUCUCCCGAGGACCCGGUCGCCCAGGAAUCCCAGGAACCAGCACUGACACCGUGUUCCACCAGAACCGGGUCGCCCCGGAACAGAUAGGCCCUGUGCUGUCCCGGAGUUCGUACAUCGAUGUCAUCAUCUACGGAGCUCCGUCCUGGGAUGACCUGUGCAAGACGCUGAAUGCCCUCCUGUACCGACUGCGGUACUGGAACAUCUCAGUGAGCCUUCCGAAGAGUGAAUUUGGAGUCAAGAAGUGUAAGUACCUCGGGCACGACAUCAGCUCGGAUGGAAUUCGGACAUCCGCGAAACUGGCGGAAAAGGUCCUCAACUUGCCUAAGGGGGUACAGUCCUUCCUCGGGGGCCUCAACUAUUAUGCUAAGUUCAUCGAGGACCUACCCGCAUGCGUUCGAAUACUCAAGGACCGACUAGUGUCGACACCACUACUCCAGCACCCCGACCCCGGGAGGCAGUACGUAAUCAUACUGCACGCCAAUCCCUGGGCAAUCAGUGCAGUUCUGGGGCCAGACCACGACGGCACCAUAUUACCCGUGCGGUUCGUAGGACGGGUCCUCCAAGACGCCGAGCUCAGGUACCACCCCGCCGAGAAAGAAGUGUUAGCGCUGCUCCGAGUCCUGAACACAUGUCACACUAUGAUUACGAGCUGCUCCGAGAAGAAGAUUCGCGUGUAUACCCGGUACUCGGUGCUGGUGUGGCUGUUCAAGUCCAAAACGGUAGACGGGAGAUGCCUCAAGUGGGCGGUCAACCUGUCUCCCUGGGACCUGGACAUCCGGCGGGUCGAGAACGACGAGGACGGCUUGGCAGCGAUCCUGGGAGCGGGUAUCACUCCCCGGGAACGCCUCGAUGAAGUCGCCGAGACCCUAGUCCCGACACCCCCGGUCAGCCUGGAAAUGCUCUCUAGCGACCACAUCGGACACCUGCUGAGCUUCGACGGAGCUGCCAAGAGAGAUGGGUCCGGAAGCGCCGCAUGCAUUCUCUGGAGCCUCCCGAGUUGGGAGGUUAUGGCAGCCACGGGACACUUCCUCGAGAAGGCCACCGUGAAUGAAACCGAAUAUUCCGGACUAGUCAAAGGCACGCGACUCGCUCUCAACGCGGGGAUCCAGGAACUGGUAGUAGUCGGAGACUCCCGCAAUACAGCAGCUCCAGGGGUCAUCGGGUGUACCCAACCCCACCUGUUGAGGCUGCUCCAGGAAGCCGAAGGACUCCAAGCUAAGUUCAAAUCCUUGCGCUUGGUACACGUGAAAAGAGAAUUCAACGCCGCCGCCGACUACAUUUCCAAGCGAGGCAUCCAAGAACAGUCAUCAUUGGAAGUCACGGACCUCGAGGAGCGGAAGCUGCUCCAAGGCCUGAACCGGAUCCACGAAAAACUGAUGAAGGACCCGAGUCCCAGAGAACAAUCGCUGCCACCGCCCGGAGAAUACCUAGGUAUUCCCCGGGAGGUGAAGCAUUCGUGA